UGUGCUUUGUUUUUGUGAAUUAAUGACUCACGACUAACAUCAUUUUUGAUAUUGACGGUUUCUUCUGUCGGUAAUGACACGGUGUCGCUUGACGAGCAACUUAGUUUCUAACGCGCCGUCCGUCUUUGUUGCGUAGUGGUUGCUCAACUCUUAUUAUUUUGUAAUGAUAACAUUUAAAUGUAUUGUUACCGAUUCGGGUGCCUCCUACGUCUCUCGGCUGGGCCGCGAACGCCUCGGAAGAGCCGGCCGGGGGGAAGUCUGGGUCUUCCCUGCCGAGGCUGCUGCCCCCGCGACCCGACCUCGGAUAAGCGGAGGAAAAUGAAUGAAUGUAUUGUUUCAGUUAAAGUGAUAUGCCGGGUAAGAUCUGAAUAUUUACAUUCCCAUUUUCGAGUUGACCUUCAUGCUUGGAUGAAGAAGAAAAAAACGGGGGCAGCGGCUCAAGCGGGGAAGCCCUCAACCAUAAUAUCGAUGUACUGCGUUCCUACCAAAAGCUAAAAGGCUUCUAAUAAAGCUAUUCAGGUUAUAUACCGAGUGAUCGAAAAGUAACUCCCUAUUUUUAAGCACUUGUCAUUUAUUUCUGAACUAUAGUUCUUACAAGAAAUGAACAUGAGAAGAAAGUUUGAUUUCAAAUUGGAUAUGGGCGCCAGCGUGAGCCACAACUUUCUCAGCCGGCUGGGAACCGCAUGAACUGAUUUCACAAGGAAGAGGUCACUUCUCGUAAUCGCCCUUCGAGUUCUUCCAAAGUCGUUGGUUUGGGAGAAUACACUUGCUCCUUUAAUCGUGGGACAUGCAAAAAAAAAAAAAAAAAUGGAGAAAAAUAUUACAACAUAGGACCAAAUUAUAAGUAUGUAUUUUAAAGUAGGGAGUUACUUUUCAAUCGCCCUGUAUAUUGCGGAUUUUGAAUCCAGCAAAAAGGACGUCCCGUGGGGUCCCCCAAGGGUCAAUUCUUGGACAACUGGUAAUACAAUGUUUACAUUGCUGAUAUGGUCUCUCUGUAUCUUGGAUUUUCACCUGUCCGGAACGUGCUCCCGGGACAAGUGGGGGGCUGAGUGUAACAGGGUCAGAGUCCUGUCUCACCCAACUUAAGUUAUCAUGUUAGGGGUGUGGCGUCGCCUCAUUUUUCACAUUCUCCUGGCGACGCCCGUGCGUUAAUUACAGGUUAAUGGCUGCGCGACACACACCUGGUCCACACCAGUUUGUUGGCUUUCACACACGGCGCCGCAGCAGCCGUCGUCUUCUCGUCAUGGCUCGCAUGGGGAAAAAAAGGAAGCUCCUACUCUUGCUCAAUGUGCUCGGGCUGGUGGCAAUCUUCAUGUUAGUCACCAACAGCAACUGGCCCCAAAGCGGGCAUCGGCUUCCCGUUUGGGGCGCUUCGGUUACGGAUGAUCCUCGGGCGGUGUCGAAGAGGCUCGAGAUGGAGCCCGAGACGGAGCCCCAGAGAGAGCUAGAGAUGAAGCCGGAGAGGACCGGCGGGAGCGUGGACGGCCGUCUGAAGGAGAGGCUCGACUACUUGGAGGAGAUCGUGUACGGACACCUGAACGGUCUUUCUAAACCUCUGGGCCUGGUGGAGGGCUUCGGGGCUCAGGGGUCAGACGGCGUUCCCUUCACGCUGUCCGCAGAUGAGGAGCGCAAAGCUGUAAGUCUGAAGGUAAAGUACGGUUACGACGCUUUCAUGAGUGACAAGAUCUCCCUGGACCGAAACAUCCCGGACUACAGACCCAGCAAAUGCAAAGAGUACUCCUACCCGACGGAUCUCCCCCAGAUCGCCCUCAUCUUCAUCUUCGUCAACGAGGCGCUGUCCGUCAUCCUGCGCUCCAUCCACUCGGCUGUCAAUCACACGCCGGCGCACCUGCUCAAGGAAAUCAUCCUGGUGGACGACUCCAGCGACGACGAGCAGCUAAAAGGACCUCUGGAAGAUUACGUGAAUAAGCGCUACCCCGGUCUGGUCAAGAUCGUCAGGAACCGCAAGAGGGAGGGUCUGAUCCGGGCCAGGAUCGAAGGCUGGAAGGCGGCCACCGCCGAGGUGACGGGAUUCUUCGACGCCCACGUGGAGUUCACGCCCUUCUGGGCCGAGCCGGUCCUGAGCCGGAUCGAGGAGGACCGCACCAGGAUCGUCCUGCCGUCCAUCGACAACAUCAAGUACGACACCUUCGGGGUGGUCUCCUUCGGGCAGCCGGCCCACGGUUACGACUGGCAGCUGUGGUGUAAAUACAUCAAGCCCUCCGAUGCGUGGAGGGCCCUGAAGGACGACUCCGCCCCCAUCAGGAGUCCCGCCAUGAUCGGCUGCUCCUUCGUGGUCCACCGGGUCUACUUUGGCGAGCUGGGCCUCUUCGACCCGGGCAUGGAUGUCUACGGGGGAGAGAACGUGGAGCUGGGCAUCCGGGUGUGGCUGUGCGGGGGCAGCAUGGAGAUGCUGCCGUGUUCCCGCGUGGCUCACAUCGAGCGCUUCAAGAAACCUUACCUGGAAGGCUCCCUGGCGACCAUCAUGCGGCGCAACGGCCUUCGCGUGGCCGAGGUCUGGUUGGACGAAUACAAGCCCAACUUCUACAUGGCCUGGAACAUUCCCAUGGAGAACCACGGCAUCGACUACGGAAACGUCUCUGAGAGGGUGGCGCUCAGAGAGAGACUGCAGUGCAAGAACUUCAAGUGGUACAUAGAGAACGUUUACCCCGAGAUGAGGACCCACCAAAACACACUCAUCUACGGCGUGAUGUACAACAUCAACGUCAGCGAACUGUGUUUGGACCAGGGAGAAAUGCGAGACCACACCCCCAUCCUGUUCCCCUGCCACGGCUUGGUUCCUCAGUUGGUGCGCUACGCCGACAACAAACAGCUGUUCGUGGGCAAGCUGGGCAACAGCUACCAGGCUACCCGCUGCCUGGUGGACAUUCCGGCCGGCGACGUACCGCGGCUCCUCGACUGCGCCGCCGUCAGUAACGUCAAGCAGACCAAGUGGAAAUUCACUCAGGGCGGCGCGGUCCGAAACUUGGCCACGGGGCGCUGCAUGGAGGCGGUGGCGUCGGAAAGCAAGCCCUUCUUCAAGGUGGUCAUGCGGCGCUGCUCGGGCCAGCGGUGGAACCUGACCACUCCCGCCGUACGUUUCUGAGUCGACGUCGUCGAAUUUGCCGGCCGACUCGCCGGAUCGGGCUCGUCGUGGCUGCCGGCGCAGUUCCCGCUCUAGGCUGUAGGAGGCGCUCCCGGACGUUGUCCUACGUCUCGUCCGGUUUGUUCGCGAGUUGGAAAAACAAGGUAAAAAAAAAGGACAUUUUGACUUCUUCUCUGGAGCUCCAUUUUUUUUUUCUUACACUAGUAUCGUUACAUUUCGCCUCCACUUCUUAAAUGACAACGAAUGCGUUCCCCACUGGUUGAAAUCCAAAUGCCUGUCAUUCGUUUGCACCGUUGGAGUGCAGUAGGACGAACACCUCUGAUGGAAAAUAACAUGAAAUUCCUCCCUUGUAUAAGCAAUAAACGAUGUCAUCUGGUAGAAAAAAUGUCAAGCGUCGAUCCCAUUUUAGCCACGUCCACGACGAGGCAUUCAAAGUUCCUGGUUUUCAUGGGUUUGAACUUGCAAAAGGCACAACUUCGAUUGUCAACACUGUAUUAUUAUGAUCAUUAUUAUUAUUGAGAACUGAAGUUGGAAAGGAUACAAUCAGACAUGUAUUUUUUGGAUGGAAAAACAUCUACUUUCAAGAUGAAGUUGUACAUUUUUCAUUUCAUUCAGUCAAGUCAUUUUUACAAUAAAAAGUCUUCUAUUUCCAAGAUAAAA